UCAGAAGCCAGCCCAGUUCUAUGACCAAGCCCUGCCAUAAAACUCAACCUGACUCUGGAACUCAAGACAGCUCCAUGACACAGCCAGACCUGGAGACCCAGUCUAGCUCAGGAACACCAGUUAGUUCUGAAGCCCAGGUGAGAGUCAAGAAGCAGCCCAGCUACAGAAGCCUCUCCAGCUUAGGAUUCAAAGACAGCUCCCAAACUCAACCCUAUUCAAGAACCCAGACCAGCUCAGGAACCCACAUGCAUAUGGCAGCUCAGCCCAGAUCCAGAACCCAACCCUGCUCUAAAACCCAGUUUCACUCUAGUACCCACCCUCAUUCUGGGGCCCAGUCCAGCUCCAGUGGUGAGUCCAGUUCAGAAACUGAGCCCAGCUCUAGAUCCCAGCCUAGUGCUACAACCAGGCCCAUCUCUGGAAUUCAGACAAGCCCUGGAACUUCAUACAUCUCUGAGGUAAGGCCUGUCUCCACAGCUCAGCUUGAUGCUGAGCCCCACUCUCACUGCAGUACACAGACCAGUUCUAGAACGCCAUCCACUUCUGUGACCCAGACCAACUUCAAGGACUGGCCAAUUUCCAGAUCUCAAUCCAGAUCAGGCACCCAACCCAACUCUAGAACUCAGCUCAGUUCUGGGGCACAGACUGGCUCUAAAACCUCAUCCAGCUCCAAAACACAGUCAGUUGCUGAUACCCAGUUGAGUUCCAGAAUCCAGCUAAACUCUGGAAUCCAAUCUAGUUCUGGAACCAAGACCAAUGCAGCAACAGACUUAAGCUCUACAACUCUGUCUAGCUCCAAGAGCAGGCCCAGCUCCAUGACCCAGUCCAGCCCAGCUCAAUCAACUUCUGGAACUCAGCUCAUCUUGGAAACCCCACAGGCCACAACCCAAGGCAGCUCUGGUAUUGAGCCAGACUUUGCGAAGCAGAUAAGCUCUGCAGCUCAGCUCAGCUCUAAAGUCCAGUUCAGCUCUGAGACUCAACUCAACUCUGAAACCCACACCAGUUCAAUACACCCCAGCUCUGGAACUCACUUUAGUUCUAGAACUCAGCCUGUUUCUGGAACUCAACCCGGUUUCAGAACCCAAACAAGUUCUGGAACACAGCUUGGCUCUGAAACCCAGGCCAGUUCUGGGGCCCAGACCAGUACAAGAAUUCAACCCAGCUCUGGAACCCAGCUCAGCUCUAGAACCCAGUCUAGCUCUGAGACUUGGCUCAGCUCUGAACCCCAGAUCAGCUCCAGAACCCAGUUUAGUACCAGGAUUCAGUUUAGCUCUGAGAUCCAGCCCAGCUCUGGAAUCCAGACCAGUUCCAGAAUGCAGCCCAGCUCUGAAGCCCACCUUAGCUCCAGAACUCAGUCCAGCUCUGAAACCCGGCUUAGCUCUGAGACUCAGCUCAGCUCUAGAACCCAGCCCAGCUCUAGGAUUCAGUUCAGCUCUGAAACUCAACCCAGCUCUGAAACUCACACCAGUUCAAAAAUACAGCCCAGCUCUGGAACCCACCUCAGUUCCAGAACCCAGCCUGUUUAUGGAACCCAAACCAGUUCCAGAACCCAGGCCAGUUUUGGAACCCAGCUCAGACCUGAGACCCAGCUCAGCUCAGACACCCAGCCCAGGUCUGGAACCCAGACCAGUAUAAAAAUUCAGCCCAGUUCAGGAGCCCAGCUCAGUUCCAGAAUCCAGCCCAGCUCUAGGAUUCAAUUCAGCUCAGAGAGUCAACCCAGCUCUGAAACUCAGACCAGUUCAAGAAUACAGUCCAGCUCUGGAACCCACCUCAGUUCCAGAGCCCAGCCUUUUUAUGGAACUCAAACCAGUUCCAGAACCCAGGCCAGUUUUGGAACCCAGCUCAGAUCUGAGACCCAGCUCAGCUCAGACACCCAGCCCAGGUCUGGAACCCAGACCAGUGCAAGAAUUCAACCCAGCUCGGGAGCCCAGCUCAGUUCCAGAACCCAGCCCAGCUCUAGGGUUCAGUUAAGCUCGGACACCCAGUCCAAUUCUGAAAUCCAGACCAGUAUAAGAACUAAGCCUUGCUCUGGAAUCCACCAUAGUUCCAGAACCCAGCCUGUUUCUGAAACCCAAUCCAGCUCCAGAACCCAGACCAGCUUAAGAAUCCAGCUCAGUUCUAGAAAUGAGCUUCGUCCACAGACCCCUGGCCUUGACCCUAGAACCCAGCCUGAUCCCACUCCUCCAGCCCAACCUCAGCCCGCAGGCCCACCGCCAAGAGCCCCAACUCUGGCCCCUAGCAAGGUCUCUCAGCCUCAACCCCAGCCCCAUGAUAUGGUACAUGGAACCCAGGUCAAUACUGGCCUGGGCAGAAGCCUACCAACUUCCCACCUGACCUCACAGCCACAGGCCCCCUUGGGUCCCCAGAAACCAGCCCUUUUCCCUAAGCCCCAGGUGGGACCCCAUAAACCCACUCCACCUACCAUAUCUGUCGUCCCUAGUUCUGCCUCCAGGGUGGCCCUCCUGCAGUCCCAGCUCUCUAAACCCCCAGUUCAGGAGCCUGCCCCCUCCCCCAUGCUCAGGGAGUCAGGAACUGCUCUGCAAGGGUGAGAGCCCCUCCCCCACCACAGGGAGUUGUAGCUUGGAGGUGACAUAGUUUUGGCCCUUGGUGGGCUGCAUCCUUCUCCUUCCCCUCCCAGCUCUGGUCCCCCAGGAGCAGCAGGUGACCUCAUUCCCCCACAGGUCGGGGAAGGAGAAUGGAAACGGGCUUCAGUUUCAUUGGGCCUGACUCUGGGAGAUGUAAGCAGAUCCCAGGUCUGUGGAGGGGAAGGAGGGGGGCAGGGGAUGAUUUGCUCUUCAUGUACUUCGAGGGCUCAUGGGGAAUAAAGGCACAUCCCACCCCUGCAGCCAAGUGUGUUUUUUAUGAGGGAUUGUGGGGGAGAGCAGAGGAAGGGGCAAGCAUGAAGGUCUGGGGGGCUAUGACAACACUGGCUGCUUUUUAAGCACCUACUAUGUGCCAGGUGCUUUAUAAGUACUCACUGUGCAUGGGUUCAUGAACUUGCACAUACACGACACUCCUUAAAAUUUGUCAUUCGUUCAUUCAAUCAGUCUUUUUUGAGCACCUACUAUGGACCAGGUGCUGUUUG